UACCAAGUCCUUGGUAAUUCGAACAGGUUCCAGAAAUAGGCAAGUGUCGGUGGAGUAUCAGAAGCUGUUUGUGAAGAAAUACGGAAUCUACUUGGCUCCUGCUUUUAAACGUAAAGUCGUCGCAAUGGUUGGAGGUAAGUCAUUUCAAACUCAAAUUCUUCAUUGCGGCGUUGAGGUAAACUGAUAUGGAAGUGCAGUGAAGUGAAAUAAGAUGGGCAUCCCAGUAAAUACGUUGCAUUUCCAAGUAGGAAGCAACCCAGGACUUGGAUGGUCUCUGGUGCUCUUGUAAGUGGAUUCCGCACUGUAGGCAAUGCUCCUUUUGUUGUGGUGAAUUGUUCCGAGUGGUGGUACAUCUUUCGGAUACUGUAUUUUUGUGAUUGCCAUAUAUGUCACUGAUGGAACAAUUUGCAUUUUGUUCCCCUUUGUCUAGUUUUAACGUUUUCCAUUCUGUGUAGGUGCUGGGUUAGGCAUUCGCGUUUGUCUAAGGCAUUCGCAAUAACGACGUGUUGUUGUUGAGGCUACCUUGGUAAUUUUGUUCCCCCUUGCUUCGGUUGAAAUAGAUUAUUGUUAAGUAUUAACUGGAAAGAAAUAUGAUGACGAAAACGAAACAAUGUAUCGCGAAAGAAAAUCGUGAUUUGUUUUUGGAAUAUUUCAUUUCAUUCUCUAUUUAUCCUUCACGUGAUAUUAAUCUGUUGCCGAUGAAAAACGGAAAAUAUCAACGACUUUACAUAUGCAAGACGAAAGCGAAACAGAAAGGGCCAGGGGGGAUCGACUAGCAUCACCUUAAAUGAUUUAGAGAAACGAAGAGGAAAAGACGCCGGAACGAUGACCAAGAAACCGAAAUGCUGUUUGAUUCGUAAAAGAUGAGACAGGAGAUGCAGAGGAAACGUGAAAGAAGAGAACCAGAGGCGCGAUUAAUUCGAGAAAAAGGAGAACAGAAUCCUGAUGCUUCUGUGCGAAGGCGAAAGGAUGGGACAUAAUUUUUGCGGGACGAUUCGAUCAUUUCUUCUUAUUUUGGCGAUGUCUACGUGCUGUCUCACGGCUGCUCCACCUGAUCUUCAAGCAAGAGUUGAACAACUUGAGAAAAACUAUGUCACAAUGAAAGAACAUUUGGAAGCCAAAAUUAUUGAUUUGGAGACGAAAGUCGGGCGACUGGAAGCCAAAAUUGAAGUGCAAGAUUCACUUUUGGCUGUUCUGGAAAAAGGACAUGACCCUUUGAUAGAUAAUGUCGCCAUCAGUCGACCUCAUCGUCAGAUCGCAAUUCUUCGUACGUGCCAUGAAAUCAACAUAGCAAAUCCGUCGUACCCCUCCGGUAUGUACUGGAUUGAUCCAGACGGACAAGGCAUCGGAGAUCCACCAAUCCACGUCUAUUGCGACAUGGAGGCACCCGAGGCGGAUGAAUCUAACUGGUGGUUUGAUGCUGUCAAAGGCACAACAUCCAUUUUGCAUGACAGUGAGUCGGAAAUGGACAUAGGAAGUUGCACAGAACCCGGAUGUUAUUCGAGGCAAAUCAAAUAUAAUGCAAGCGAUGUACAAAUCCAAGCGUUGAUUCAAUUCUCCGAAAACUGCGCACAAAACAUUGAGUACCGUUGCAGGAAAUCGCUGUAUAAGUACAACGGGACCGUCUAUGCUUGGUGGUACGGCAAAGACGGGAAAAGGAAAGAGUUUCCCAGUUCGACGAAUUGCGUCAACCUCGAUGACACAGAAAAGUUAGAAAGAGAUUUCAUAGACGAGCGUGAUACGGUGCCUUAUACGCGCUUCCGUUUCAGCAACCCGUUUAAGGGCUCCGGCAAACACAAAGUGAGCCGGUUACGAUGUCACGGAAAUGCAAAAACUGUGGCAAUGCCGAGAUCGUGCGACGAUUUGUGGCGGAUAGGACACACUCUCAACGGAAUCUACUCAGUCAGGGGAGAUAAACAAAUAGAAACUGUUUUCUGCCAAUUUGAUAAACGAUCUAAUGAACGAGAUUUCCAGAAGAAGAUCGGAUAUCAAGACAUAAAAACAAAGUCAAUAUACUUCUACGUACAGAAAGACAAACAUUUUACGGAAAGAAACGUUCCACUUCCGUUUGAGCGUAGCAUAGCCAACAUUGGAUGGGCCAUGGAUUUGGGAAGUGGCGUAUUCACAGCGCCCGUCAACGGAACUUACUUCUUUUCUUUUGCUGGACUCGCGCAAUUUCCGAUGCUUACAGGUCCAGAUCCAGUUCCAGUGCAAAGGGAACUAGGCGCUAAUCUUUAUAAAAAUGGUGGAAGAAUAGCAAUCAGUCAGGUUAACAAAGGCUACCUCGUAUAUCCGGAUAAUCUAAGUCCAAUCACCCUUCAAAGUACUAUAUCUUUGCAAGCCGGAGACAAAGUAUGGAUCCAGAUAUAUAUUGGGAUCAGUGGGGGGUUUCUAUACGGCGACAGGCAGUGGAGGAACCCGGGUUCCCACACGCAUUUUAACGGGUGGCUUUUAGAAGAAGAAAUCUAAGCAACAUGUAGACGUUUUUCACACCAUGGUGUGCCAGCGAAGAGUACGACCACAAUCAAAAGGCACCAACAAGCAUAAAACGUCAUUCAAUCCCAUUAUGAAUGUAGGUUCAUAUCUCUGGAGCGACAUUAGAAGACUAUUGUCGACAUCUUAGUGAACAAGAUAAUAAAAAAAUUCAACAAAAAUGUGCGCACACCGAUUCAAAUCUUCAAUGAAAAGUAUAACAAAACACCCAGAACUAAAUUUCAAGGAGUGAAGGCGAAGUCGAAGAAUAGAUAUCAAGCCCUCGAUAUUUCAAACUAGUUCCAGAACUAGGAAAGUGUCGAAGGAGUAUUAGAAGUUGUUUGUGAAAAAACACGGAAACUACCAGGCUCCUGCUUUUAAUCGUCAGUCGUUGCAAUGGAUGACUGAGCUGUUUGAAUUUAAGAUUUAUUUUCUAUUAGUCAGUCUUACUUUUCUUUGUUUAUUCAGGUAGAAUUAUUCCAAAAUCAAGUUCUCCUAUGUGGAGUUGAGGUUCACUGAUUUUGAAAAAUACUGAAGUCAAUUAAGAUCGAACGGAAUUGAUAUCUCAGCAAAUACAUGAAAAGAGAAAGAGGCAAAACAAAUUUACGAAAUAUGGCAUCACCAAAACUAGAUGAUACCAUUUUCCACGUCAUCAUGUCGGCUGCAUUUUUUGGUUCAAUAUUGUUGCAAGCCCAGUGAUAAGGUGCAGCCAUCAUGUGUGGAAGGACUUGGCGAGAGACGAUCCUGUCGUUGAUAAGGUUUCAUUUUGCCUGAAGUUACAACUUUUCGUUGGUUUGUUAUUACUUGCUUUUGCAUCUGUGCUGAAGUGCGUUUGUUUUUCUUGAGCAGCAUUCCAAUGAUUUACAGUCUCGUACUAACUGAUCAUUCUGAACCUCUGAGAGUUCUUUGCUGGCAAAAUGCAAGUCAUUUCAGAAAACUAUGAUGGUUCUACAAUGAUAGAUGGUUCUACAAUGAAGAUGGACUUGUGUCACUUGUUGGCCAAGGGUGUGUAUUUUACCUCUACAACCACUCUUACUGAAGCCCAGUUCCGUCUAGUUCAACAGGCAGCGGAAGCUUGGAAGUUUGGUCAGAAUAUUCUGCAGUAUCCAUUCUACUCAAGAUUGUCAAGAUGUGAAAGUAAGCUGUAAAGGAGUCAGUUGUUUACAGCGUGCUGGGCCGAGGACUUGUUUCAAAUUCUUUUUAAAUUACAGGCUGUUUGUUGCGAGGCUAUAGCUUCUGUUCAACGUGUUGGCAUUUUAGCUAUGUAUUUCUCCACUACUCUACUUACAUUCAAUUUCUGCGUAUAUCAUGAAAAACCUAAACAUCAGAGCAUUGAGAUAUGAUUUACUGUGAUUAUUGUUAUAUCUGACUUUAUUAAAGUUGUUGGCUUCUGUUUGUUUCCCGGAGCAGUUAAUGAUUAUUGAUACUUUCAGGUUUUUGAUGUGGGGUUUCUGUGGGGUCGGACCUUACCGUGUGAGCGAUUUCUUACCCAGUCUGGAGGUUUAUUAUUCUAUAUGGCUUUCAAUGGGGAUCUGUUACAAAGAUUUCAUGCAGACAUCGUCGUGUUCCUUUCGUCCAAUUAACGCAUGGGGUUUUGUCAACACAGGAUCCUUUCGUCUGACGUCAAGCUGAUCCCGCACGAGCAUCCAACGUACCGCAGCCUAUUGUUAAUCCAACGAGGUUAAAUUAAAAAAAAAAGCCGAUACUAUCGUUAGGUUCUUCCGGAACGUUUCGAUUUGCUAUUCUGAAACUCGUUAACGCCAUUUUGGAACGUUAUUGAACGUAAUUUGACGUAUGAGUAGAUUCAAUUCCUUCCUCAUUUUUCAGUUUUCUACGUGAGUGUAGGAUGGUGUGACGAACUACAAUGUGCGUGUGUUUACAACGUCGGGAUAACUUCGGAAUACCCGUUUUAUUGCCGAGGGUUACGGCAGACCGCAAUUGUUACGUAGGCAUGCGGUCCAAUUGUUAUUUCCUGAGUUGGCAACCACAAUGACGUGAUGAGUAUGACGUUUGAAAAUCAUUGAAUGGGACUUAGGUGAACUUUGAGUUUCUUAACUUGUUUUUAUUAAUCUGCGUAAAACGUAAUUCAAACGUGGAUCCGUCACUAAUACUGGAAUUUUUACGUGAACUUUGAGGUUUUUAACUUGUUUCUGUUGAUCUGCGCAAAGCGUAAACCAAACGUGGGUCCGUCUCUUCUGGAAUUUUUCCUUUCACGUCUUUUCCACCGGGAUAUCCUACAAUCUGCUGUGUUUUAUUUGGUGAUGCUGUAGAAACGUUCAAACUUCUCUGCAUAUAUAGGAAGCGUGCUUCAGUGUCAAUCUAUCAGAAAAGGUUUGGAGAUCAAACAGAAUAGAAUAUUUGGUUUGAUCUGUUUUCAUUACUUUUAGCCAUGCAAGUGUAUGUGUUUGGUUUGUUGUGGCUAGGGUUAUUCAUCUCUUCAUCUUACGGUUUGACACUGAAACCUCUGGCUGAAACACAUCAACUUGGUCUUCAAGACGAAUCAAUCAAAGACGUUCAAUUUAGCGUCGUUUCCAUAAAAGAAGAGCUGGCAGCAUUGGGUGAACAUCCCGAAACAUUGUGUCCAUUCCGAGUGGAAAGUAGAACUGUCGAACAGGAUCACCCUCUCGGUAAUCUUGUUGUCGAAAUAAGCGAAAUCGUUUGUUCGGGAUCGUGCACUUCUCAAACCUGUGGAGGAGCAGGACGCACAUGUAAACAGCUGACGACAGAUUUACGUUUGGCCGUCAAUCAUCCAGCGACUGGGCUACCUGAGGCUAUCAUCGUCACAAAUAUGGCCAUCGGGUGUAGUUGUGCACCAGACGAUUCGGGAGCUCUUGGUGAACAAGUUUUACGACGCUGAAGAUUCAUUUGAUAAGUUUGAUUACAUCCAAGCAGCAUUUCAGCUGCUAAUUUAUUAUCAGAUCUUAUUUCAUGUUUUAAUUAAUGCAAGAUAUUGUUCCGUAAAGUAUGAUCUUUCAGCUUCCUUAACAAUGCUGUCAUGCCUUGUAUUCCUGUCUUAACUUUACGGAGUGCCAUGUUUUAAGUUUGCUGAUUGGUGUCAGAUCAAAUAAAUAUUGAGCAUAAUUUUACAAACGAA